AUGUCAAAAGAAAUCAAAGUAACUGCAGGUGUUAAAAAGCGAUUAACUGCUUUGGAAGACCAAGAAAUCUCCGUCCAGAACUAGGAUUCCUUUAGUGACGAUGGGGUAAUUAUUCAACAGCAUGUAAUCUAUAUAGAAAUAUGGGGAAUAUGUGAAAAAGCAGAAUCGCGAAAUUUUAAAAAAAAUAAAGGAACUUAUACACGAUGGGUAGUCCACUACAAACCAAUAAGAAGAAUAGAGUUUUGCUAUAGCAAAUGAUAAUCACAAGCAGGACCUUCUAGAAGACCUUGAAGAAGAAUUCGGAUAAUCUUAUUAAGAAAGCAAAGUCAAAAUAAAUACAUAUGUCAAAUUAAUUCCAAAGAAUGAGUUGCAACUUGCUUACAUUUACAAUGACAAGUAUAACAAAAAUCUAUGAAUUUUAGGUACCCAUUCUUAGUCAUACGUAAAAAAAUAUUAAUUUCUACAAAACUUGUGUCAUUUUAUGCAUAAUUGGUAACUACACAUCCCAUUUUUGAAGUGAUCACUCUCAUAAUGAUUGUGUUUAAUUCAGUCAUGUUAGCCAUAGACGAUCCCACAACAAACGUCUAAACCCCAUUCUAAAACUUAACUGACCUUAUUUUUCUAGCAUAUUAUACUUUUGAGGCUGUUCUAAAGAUCGUUGCAUAGGUAAUUAUAAAUUACUUAUAUUCAGGGGUUCAUCAUUCCCAAAAAGUCUUACUUAAGAGACACUUGGAAUAUACUAGACUUUUCUGUUAUCGUAACAGCAUAUAUUCCAUACUUUUUAGCCUCGAAUUCUGUCAAUUUAAAUGCACUCCGUUCGUUUAGAGUGCUCAGACCUUUGCGAACUGUGUCAUCAAUUAAAGCUCUCAGAACAAUCUUAUUGGCUCUGUUUGCAUCAAUUGCUUAAUUAAGAGAUGCUGCAGUGGUAUUGAUGUUUUUUUAUUCAAUUUUUGCAAUUGCAGGAGUGCAAUUAUUCUCAGGAUAUUUAAAACGAAGAUGUAUAGGUGAAGAAAGUGGUAUAACUUGGGUUUCAGAAGAAAUAUUAUUUUGUGCAGAUGAUAAUAAUUGUCCUUUUCCUGAACAAACAAUUUACAAUGAAAAUUUCAUUUGUGGUAAACAAAUUGCAAAUCCAUAAAAUAAUUUGAUUAAUUUUGAUACAUUUGGUUACGCCUUCUUAUAAGUGUUUAUAAUAACAACUUUAGAAGGAUGGACUUAAAUUUAGACAGCUGUGAUGUUAACAUUCUCGUAAUUUGUUGUACUUUAUUUCAUAAUUGUGGUUCUAGUUGGAGCAUUCUUUUUAGUUAACUUAACUCUUGCAAUCAUCAAAUUAAAUUUUAAACCUGAAAAAAUUUAAGAAGAAUUAGCAUAGAUAAAAGAGGAAAUAGAAGAAUACGAUUACAAAUAAUUAAAAUAAUUAAAAUUAUAUGUUCCUGAAAGAGAAAAAGUAGAUACCACUGGAUUUGGUAUCACUUGGGAUAGACCCAAUGAUUUCGACUAAAAUAUUAUAAUGAAUCGCCGUAAACAUACAAGAAAAGGGGGUUCAUAAAUGAACAUUAUCAAAAAUACUUAUCAAAGAAGAUUUAAAGGGAAGAAUAAGGUUCAUUUUGAACCAAUCAAGUCAGCUAUUUAUUAUAGUAAUCCUGUUAUGCUAAAUAAAAAGUAUGUAAAAAUUGAAGGUAUCUAUGGGAUGGGCAAUCAAACUAAAUUAAACUAAUAAUAAUAGAUUACAUCAAAUGUUUAAAGUAGCAUUGCUGCUAAGAGAUUCAGUGGAGUCAGAAGAAGCAGUCAAUCAAGCAAUAAUGAUGAUAAAACUUCUUCAAAUAAGAUGUUUGAUAAUGAAAGUGGAAGUGGCAACAAAUAACCUAAAAAGAGUCUCUAGUUAUGUGAUUAACAAUUAAGUUCAGAGUUCAUGAACUCUCCAAUGAUAGAUCUUCAAUCUGAAAAUAUCAGACCAUUGAAUGGAGGAACAAUGUUGGUGCAUCGCGGAGAAUCAAUUGAUAGCAGUAGAAGUGGAGAAUCAAAAUUAGACAGGACUCCAGUAAAUAACAAAUUAGAAAUUCCUAAAAUAGGAGAAAGUAAUCAAUAUUAUAUAAGUUUAGUUAAAUAAUAAUCCUAAAACAUAAAGCCAAAUCAAAAAUUCAGUUUGGCUGCUGCCAUGAAAUUCUAGAAAUAACCUCGUAACAGUCCUAAACCAGAUUCAUAAAAAUCACUUGAUGAUCAUGAAUUUGAUAGUGUUAAUUUAAGUGAAUUGAAUAGUCUUUCAGACGAUGAACUAGAUUAGAGAUUAGAAGAGAUGGAUAUCGAAAUAGAAGAAAAGAUUACAAAUGUUAACAGUGUAAAUUAGAAAUAGAUUUAGAAAGAAUUAAAUAGACAAAGAAAAAUGGAAAAUAGAAGACUCAGAGAUUUAAAUAAGAAUGCUUAAUAGCAUUUAGAUGAAACAUCGCUUAAAUUAAAAUCCAAAUUAUUUGAUACUAAAUUUUAUCCAAUAAUUGUUGUAGAUGCUGAAUUUAACAGUGUCAAUGAUAUACUGAUUUCACAAAUGUUAUAAAAAUUAGAAUAGAAGAGAUUAGAAUAAGAAAAGAAAAUAAAGGAAUUAGAUUUUAAAGUUACUUUUUGCUUUAAGAAUUCUAAAUAAUCAUUAGAAUUAAAGAAAACAAGCAAUGGGAAAUCAAAAAGCUUAACAAAAUCAGCAUAUCUUAAGUCUGGAAAUAAAUCCAAAAAAACAAACCUAAGUUUAAGAAGAGUUCAACCAAUAUUUGAUGAAAUACAUCCGUAUGAAGAUUAUUAAUUGCCUACAGAUAAAAUUGGAGAAGGAUAAGAAGAGUAGAAUCAAGAAAAUCAAAAUGGAAAUUCAGAAUCAGAAGAAGAAAAUGAGAAUAAUGUUGAUAGAGAUUAAAAUAAUGUAAAUGGAAGUGCCAAUUAAAAAUUAAAUUAGAAGAAAAGAAAGAAGAAGGACGAAUAAAACUAAAAAUUAGAUUAUGAUCAAAUAGGAGAAAAAUUUAAUGAAAGUUCUGAUUGCAUAGUCGAUCUUAAUAGAAUACGAUAAGUGGAGUUGAAUAAAUAAUUUGAUUAAGACGAGCUGGCAUUGCUUCCACCUUUAGAAAUAGAAUUACAAAAAGGUGUUUUCUAUUAAGAAUUUGUUGAUAUUAAAUAAAAAGACAUUCAUGAAAGCAAGGGAAUAAUUACAGCAUAGGCUUCGAUUGAGGAUGUAUUAUUAAUAGCAGAUUACACAUUUUAUGAUUAAAAAUUUGCAAGGCAAAUGAAUUCUGUUAUGAAAGCUCUUAAUUACUCAAAAAGAGAGACCUAUAUUUAUUUAAAAGGUUUCCUUGGACUCUUGUUAGUUUUAUAAAACUAAUUGUUGUAUUUAGUAUAAUCUGGAUAUUUUGAGGCUUUAAUGAAUCUGUCAGUUGCAUUAAAUACUGUAAUUUUGGCACUUGAUGGAUUAUUGCCUGAUAGUACUUCAGAAAUAACGAACUAAUUUAAUUUUGGAUUCACUAUAUUGUUUACAAUAGAGUUAGGAUUGAAAAUGUUUGGAAUGGGUCCAAGAAAGUACUUGAGAGAUACGAUGAAUAUCUUUGAUGCUGUUAUCGUGGCUCUUAGUUUAGUUGAGUUGUUCUUUUUGGGAGGAAGCACAAAUGGGAAAUCUUCAUUAUCAGCCUUUAGAUCAGUAAGAAUCUUUAGAGCUUUCAGAGUUUUGAGAGUAACUAAAUUAAUGAGAAGUUUACAAUUUAUGGGAUUUUUGAUAAAGGUUUUAAGUAAUGCAUUUUAAUCCUUUAUGUAUAUAAUGAUUCUAUUGUUACUCUUUAUUUUUAUUUUCACACUUUUGGGUAUGGCAUUUUUUGGUGGAUAAUUAUCGAAGACUCCAAGUAGACAAAGUUAUGAUGAUAUUUAGAGUGCAUUUUUGGUUGUGUUUUAGGUGCUUACUUUAGAGAAUUGGAAUAGUAUUCUUUGGGAUUUACUGGUAUAAGAUGUUUCAGCUUUCAUCACUAUUCCUUAUUUGGUAUUUUGGAUAAUGAUUGGAAAUUAUGUGUUCCUGAAUUUAUUUUUGGCUAUUUUAUUAGAAAAUUUUGAGGAAGAAUACAAGAAUGAUAAGGCAGGGUUGGAUACUAACAUUGAGAUUGGAAAGGAUUCAGUAAUGGAUAACACUACUUAAGCUGUAAAUUCAACGAGUACUUUGAAAUCAACAAUGAAGACCAAGAAACAUACAAUUGCAUAGUAAUUAGAAAACAAUGAAGAUGAUCAUAAUUAGAAAAAGCAUAAUUAAAUAAAUCAAGCAUUUUAAUAUUUUGUUGAACCUGGAAUGUGUUAAUAUUCAUUAUACUUAUUCAGCUAAUAAAACAUUGUCAGAAAAAUAUGUUAUAGGAUUGUUAAGGAUGAUAAAUUUGAAACACUAAUUUUUACUAUGAUAUUCUUAACAUCAGCCAAGUUGGUGUUUGAUACUUAUAUUCCAGAUACUGGUUAAUUAAAGGAAGUAUCUUUGGAUAUAGACAUAUUCUUUGCUGCAUUUUUUGGAGUAGAAAUGUGUACUAAAAUAAUAGCAUUCGGUUUCAUAUCCUAAGAAAGUUCAUAUUUGAGAGAAUCAUGGAAUGUGUUAGAUUUCUUCAUUGUAAUUGCUUCAUUCAUUGAUGUCAGUGUUUCAACCAUUAAUUUGAGUUUUGUGAAGAUUUUGAGAUUGUUGAGAACGUUACGUCCACUAAGAUUUAUAACUCACAAUAGAUCAAUGAAAAUAUUGGUAUCAGCAUUAUUAUAAUCCAUAAAUGGUAUUUUCAAUGUGGCAAUAGUUGUGAUUUUGGUAUGGAUGAUGUUUGCAAUUUUGGGUAUUAAUUUGGAGAAGAAUAAAAUGAGUUUUUGUAAUAUGGGUGAUGAUGAAAUAUAUUAUCAUUAUGGAGUUUAGGAAUGUAAAGAGAAUGGGGGUGUUUGGGAAAACAGAAAGACAAACUUUGAUAACAUUUUGAAUGGAAUGUUAACCUUAUUCAUAUUGUCAACUUUGGAAGGAUGGCCAGAUAUGAUGUAUUGGUUUAUAGAUGCAGAUGAAUCAGGCCCAAUAAAAGAAGCAUAAUUGUAGUUUUCAUGGUAUUUCAUUGUGUUUAUCUUAUUUGGAUCAAUAUUGUUAAUGAAUCUCUUCAUUGGUGUGAUAUUGGUCAAUUAUCAUUUGGCUGAGGAAGCCUCAAGAGAUAAGAUCUUAACUUAACCAUAAGUUGAUUGGAUUGAACUCUAAAAAUUGAUUGUUCAUUCAAGUCCAAAUCUAGCUAUGUUUUUUAGUCCUGAGAAUCCUUUCAGAGCGAAGAUCUUUACUAUCAUAAAACACAGGUAUUUUGAUCCCACUAUACUGAUGAUUAUUGUGCUCAAUAUUAUCAUCAUGGGUUUAUCCUAGGAUGAUUCGCCAGUCCUCUAUGAUUAAGUGUUAACAUAAUUUAAUACUGCCUUCACUUUUGUUUUUAUAGGUGAAGCUAUUCUUAAAAUAAUUGCUUUGGGACCAGUAGGUUACAUGAGAAAUUCAUGGAAUCAAUUUGAUUUUUUUGUGGUUUGUGCAUCCAUCCUGGAUUUAAUCCUUUCCUUUACUGGAAAUUCUUUUAUUUCAUUUCUUAGUGCAGGACCCCAAUUGGCUAGAGUUUUUAGAGUACUUAGAGUAACUAGACUCUUUAGAUUAAUCAAAUCUUUUGAAGGAUUGUAAAAAUUGAUAGAAACAGCAAUAUACUCAUUGCCUGCUAUGUUAAAUGUGACAGCUUUGUUAUUUUUGGUUUUCUUUAUAUUUUCCAUUUUGGGGGUGUUUCUGUUUGGAACUAUAAAAAGUGGAUGGGUCAUUGAUGAUACUAAUAACUUUUCAGAUUUUCACCAUUCUAUUGAAUUACUAUUUAGAUGUGCAACUGGUGAAGAUUGGUACAAAGUGAUGUUUGACACAAUGCAAGAUGGCCAAGGAUAUUAUUGUAUUUUCUUUAUAAUUUUCAUUGUCAUCUAAUAAUAUAUUAUGUUGAAUCUUUUUAUUCUCAUAAUUUUGGAUCAAUACGAAAUUAACUAUUUUAAUAGUGAUAAUCCAUUGAAUAAGUUUUAAGAAUAUGAAAAUAUGUUCAUUGAAUCCUGGUCUAAAUUUGCUAAGGAAGACAAAGGUAUGAAAAUGCAUUAAUAAUUGCUUGUUCCUCUCAUGUUACAGAUGGAAAAACCAAUAGGCUACGAUUUAAAAUAAAAGAUAUAGAAUGAAAUUGCUGAAUGGAAACGAAUUAACCCACAAUUAGACAAUAAAGAAACUGUUCAAAAAUACACUUUGUAGUUGAAGGCCCAAGCCAAGAGAAUAGUAUCAACUUAGUUAAUGAAAAUGAAUAUCUAUUCUGAUAAUAAUGGGCAUGUCAAAUAUCAUUAGAUUUUAUUUUGCGUUAUGAAAUCCUAUAUGUGGAAGAAGGUUCAAGUUAACUUAAGUCCUGAAGGAGCUGAAAAAAUUCUACUCAAAGAGGAAGAAACCCAAAAAAGAUUGAAAAAGAAAUAAGUUUAAUAAUCAAAAGAGGUGUCUCUUGUUAAUCCAAUUGUUCAAUUUUUAUUUGUUCACAUGGCCUUCAAAACACUUAAAAGAUAUGGAGAAAAGAAGAAAUAACAAAAAGAAUUAUAAUAAUUGAUAGAAUAGGAAUAAGAACAUUACAGUGGCGGAUUCAGUUCUGAUUCUUCUUUUGACAACAAAAUUGAAAUCCUUUCCAGAAAUUCAAAGGAUACAGAAUAUCCAAGACGACCAGAUUAUGGGAAACCCAAAUUUAUAUCUUUACCAAACACUGAAAUUUACAAGGAAGAUGAGUAUAUAAAUAAGGGAAUACCAGUGUAGAAUGAUUCUAAUCGAAAUUCAGAGGAGGAAGAGGAGAAUCCUGAUGAAGAUGGUAAGAUUUGAUUAUCAUUUUAAGUUAUGUAAUAAUAUACGAAGGACUUUCAAAAACAUUUGAUACACAAUGUAGGAAGCAAUGGAAACAUUCAAGAUGAUAGAAGUGGGGGCGGUGCAACUAAAAGUAGUUUAUCAAGACAAAGCCAAAUUAACAGAUAACAAAAAAAGUUGACUCUAAAACCAAAUGAUUUGCUCUCAGGGAUGAGCAAGAAAUCUAUCUAAUCGAUUUCUUAAACCAAUAACUUAAAUGCUAUUUAUGACAAUCCACUAUAAUGAAUACAGG